AGUUUCAGUCUGUGUAGCGUGAAGGGCGGUCAAAAUGAGGAACCUAAUUGCGUUUUCGGUUGUGAUUCUCUUAGCGUUCUCGAACGCUGAGAAAGUUCGUUUCGAUAACUACAAAGUGUACGUAGUGCAAAUUGAGAAUGAGGAGCAACUGAAUGUGAUGCAUGAGAUUGAAAGGACUGCCUUUUCGAGCUAUGACUUCUGGAAGAGUCCUUCCUAUGUUGGAAAUCCAGUCGAAGUUAUGGUAGCCCCACAUAAAUUGUCUGAGUUUGAAGAGAUUAUGGAAUCUUUGCAAUACAAUUAUACCCUGAAGAUCGCUAACGUUCAAGAACUCGUUGACAAACAAGAUCCAUCAAAUCAACCAAAGAACACUGGUUUCUGGGAAAGAUACCAGACUAUGGAUGAGAUCAACGCCUGGUUAGAUCAGAUCCUUUCCGACAACGCUUACGUCUUGAGACCUAUCACCUAUGGAAACAGUUACGAAAUGGAACCUAUUAGGGGUGUCCUGCUCUCUUUCAAUGCCGGAAAUCCAGCUAUCUUCAUUGAAUCUAACAUCCAUGCUAGGGAGUGGAUCACUGCUGCAACAACCACAUGGCUUCUUAAUGAACUUCUAACAUCAACCGAUCCUGAUGUUCGUCGCAUCGCAUUCAAUUAUGACUGGUACAUCUUCCCAGUUACCAAUCCUGAUGGUUAUCGCCAUUCCCAUGACGUCAACCGCAUGUGGAGAACAACUCGUUCCCGCCACGGACUGCUAUGCAGGGGAGCUGAUCCUAACAGGAACUUUGGGUACCGCUGGCAAGAUGGAUCUGGACCUGGCGCUAGUGACAACGCCUGCUCCCAGACCUUUGCUGGUCCUUACGCCUUUUCUGAACUUGAAACCGGUCAACUUGCUAACUUUGUUCUUGAUCGUUUGGAUCAUAUUAAAGUUUACUUGUCUAUGCACUCCUUCAGUCAACUGCUGCUGUACCCAUAUGGUUGGACAUCAGCUCCAGCAGCUGAUGCGGAGAGUCUCAACCAGAUUGGACGUGCCGCAGCCGAUAGACUUAGGGUUCCUUUCGGAACAGAAUACGCCGUUCAUAGCAUGAACAACCUGUACAUAGCUACGGGAACCAGUGGAGACUGGGGAUAUGGCGGAGCUGGGAUCAAACUAACCUACGUCUACGAAUUCCGUGACAACGGAACUCAUGGUUUCCUUCUUCCCCCAGAUCAAAUUAUUCCCAAUUCCAUUGAAGUUAUGCAAUCAUUAAUUGGUAUGCUCGAUGAAAGUGAGAGGUUGGGCUACUUGUAAAAGUACAAUAUAAUGUAAAAGCAAUUUUACUAAACAAUAAACGACUUUUGUCUUUA